AUGGCGCUCUAUCUUUCUCCUAAAUACAUCCGCAACGGACCACUUGCACCAUACUUUACUAGGCACAGGGCAACAAAUGGGACCGCAGCCGCCGCCGCGUUUGGGGCGGGCGCGUUUUUCGCCCGGGCCGCAAGGAAUCUGGGCCGCGGCCGCUGGUAUAUCACUGCUCCAUUGUUCCGCGCUAAUUGCCGCCGCCCCUCGCUGCACCUCCCCCCCCCCUCCCCCCACCACGCUUGGCCCCCUUUUUACGGUCGCACUUGGACGCCGAAGGAAUUAUUAUGGCGAAAAGCUAUGUGUUGCUGCCCGUGGUGGCCUAGUAGCCGAGACGAUUCGCGAUCCGAGCUCACGUUUUGGAAUCCAAGCCAUGUGAAGGGAGGAGUCUCCGCUUCGGUUGCCGGAGUGACACGUUGCGAGGCUUGUUUCGGCCUCUCAACACUGCACUCUCAACUGCAUAGACCUCUUAGGGUAGAAACUCAUUUACGACGGAAUCAGCAGUGGAGUGAGCUUAAGGAGGGCAGGUGGGAAACGGCCAGCAAGGAAGGGCCGAGUGCUGAUUUAUCGGACGCGUGUUCCGCGAAACGGCCGUGUGUUUUUUCGCUUCGCGGUAGCCAGGACCGGCGCGGCGCGAGCACCGCGGACGGACGGACGGACGGGGGGGGGGGGGGGGGGGGGGGUGGUCGACGA